UUUUGAGGAGAGCACCACUGAAGCCACCUGCCUGAGACCAUGAAACUCCUCAGUAAUAUCUUUAUUUAUCGCCGGCUUCUCCUUAUAGCUAUCACUGUGCUGGGUUUUCUGCCACUUCCUCUCAUCAUCCACUCAAAGGAAGCGGAAUGUGCCUACGUACUCAUUGUUGUUGCCAUCCUGUGGGUGACCGAGGCUUUGCCUCUGUCAGUAACUGCUUUGCUGCCCGGGUUAAUGUUCCCUAUAUUGGGGAUCCUGCCUUCUACACAUGUGGCAUCCACUUAUUUCAAAGAUUUUCACCUGCUGUUGAUUGGAGUCAUCUGCUUAGCAACCUCCAUAGAAAAAUGGAACUUGCACAGGAGGAUUGCUCUCAGGAUGGUGAUGAUGGUGGGCGUGAACCCAGCAUGGCUGACCUUGGGAUUCAUGAGCAGCACUGCCUUCCUGUCUAUGUGGCUUAGCAACACCUCAACUGCUGCCAUGGUGAUGCCCAUCGUGGAGGCUGUGUCGCAGCAGAUCAUCAGUGCCGAGGCUGAGGCUGAGGUCAACCAGAUGACUUAUAUCAAUGAGGCUGCCAGCGCAGGACUGGAUAUUGAUGAAACUGCUAUGGGACAAGAAACAAAGCAGAAGAAAGCGAAAACAAAACCAUUUCCAGGGUAUAGUAAUGAUACUGGGGAAAUUUCAAGCAAGACUGAGACCGGAAAGAAUUCUGUCACAGGAAAAAAAUACCGAUCAAAGAAGGAUCACAUGAUGUGUAAGCUUAUGUGCUUGUGUAUUGCUUACUCUUCUACCAUUGGCGGGCUGACCACGAUCACUGGUACCUCCACCAACUUGAUCUUCACUGAGCAUUUCAACACACGCUACCCUGACUGUCAGUGCCUCAACUUUGGAUCGUGGUUUUUAUUUUCCUUCCCAGCUGCGAUUAUUAUUCUACUGUUGUCCUGGAUCUGGCUUCAGUGGCUUUUUCUAGGAUUCAAUUUUAAGGAGAUGUUCAAUUGUGGCAAAACCAGAACAGCUAAAGAAAAAGCUUGCGCUGCAGUGAUUAAACAAGAAUACGAAAAACUUGGGCCAAUGAGGUAUCAAGAAAUUAUGACCUUGAUCCUCUUCAUUGCAAUGGCCUUGCUAUGGUUCAGCCGGGAUCCAGGAUUUGUUACUGGUUGGUCUGUACUUUUUGCAAAGUACUCUGGUUUUGUAACAGAUUCAACUGUUGCAUUAAUUAUAGGACUACUUUUCUUCCUGAUCCCAGCAAAGAUAAUGACAAAAACUACAUCUACAGGAGAAAUCGUUGCUUUUGAUUAUUCUCCACUGAUUACUUGGAAAGAGUUCCAGUCAUUCAUGCCAUGGGAUAUAGCCAUUCUUGUUGGUGGAGGAUUUGCUCUGGCAGAUGGCUGUAAGGAAUCAGGACUAUCUCUGUGGAUAGGAAAUAAAUUAUCUCCAUUAGGUUCAUUGCCAAUAUGGCUAGUCAUUCUGAUAUCUUCUUUGCUUGUCACGUCUUUGACAGAGGUAGCCAGCAAUCCAGCUACCGUUACCAUCCUUCUCCCUAUAUUAUCUCCACUGGCUGAAGCCAUCCACGUGAACCCUCUUUAUAUUUUGCUGCCUUCUACUCUGUGUACCUCAUUUGCAUUCCUUCUACCAGUAGCAAAUCCACCCAAUGCGAUUGUUUUCUCAUAUGGCCAUCUGAAAGUCAUUGACAUGGUUAAAGCUGGACUUGGUGUUAAUAUUCUCGGUGUUGCUGUGGUGAUGCUCGGCAUGUUUACCUGGAUUUCAACCAUGUUUGACUUGGAAACUUACCCGCCUUGGGCUCCUACAAUUAGUAAUGUGACCGUGCCAUGAAAAGCACAGAGUUUGUUACUAUCUUUUGGUGACUUUGGGGGAACCAUUAAGAAUUCGCUGGAACUUAGGACUGUGGGUAACUAAAGAAAAUUAAGGCAGUCGUAGUAUAGCUGCUGCGAUUCCAAUGUACGUGCAAAACCAGCUGUCCUGAUUCAGACGCCAUAUUUCCAUUGGGCCAUGACUGAAGAGUACCUGUCUGCCUUCUCUGAGAGCCUAGGGUUGAGAUUUUGCUCAUGGAUUGCCUGUGUCUUGCUCCCUCAUAAGAAUAACUUAUAAUUUGACUUUCACAGAGGUCAAGCCAUUUUGUUUACCUUAGAAUCAGAGUUCAGUAUAAUAUCUCAAGCAGUAAUUUAUUAGAAAACUUUUAUUCAGAAACUAUGAAAUUAAAGACAGAAAACAUAGUAUACAAGUUAAUUAGCUAUUGGGACACAUCAUUUCUAUAGUGUUGUUCAAAACUUGCUAAAAGAAAACACCAAAGCUAUAGUCAUCUGGUGGUGCAGAAAAAUUGUAAAAUUCAACAGAUUAUUCUUAAUACACAUAAGAUAAAAUUUAAAUUGAACUAGUACAUAGUUCUAAAUUUAUAAUUGGAUCACAGAAAACUCAUUGGUAAUGAUGGAUUUCUACUUGAUUUGAUUGGUAGAUUAAUGGUCCACACUUCCCUGGCAUCUGCACUGAGAAAUGUGUUUUGGAUAGCUAUGAACAAGGCUUGAUAAAAUUUGUGCUAUUUAUACAGUAUAGUUAGAAAAACCAGUGAAACUAUCACCAACUUUAAGUGCUUAUCUUAUUUUAGAAAUGUGGAAUUUCAUCUGUUAAAAAGGAAACAUAGAAAUAUAAAUGAAUUAUCAGUAUGUACAUGGAAAUAAAAAGGUCUUAUGUGUCCUCACAUCAAAACUCUAAUAGAAUAUUAGUGAGAAAAUAAAUAAUAAAUUUUAAUUUAAGACAUUUACCAAAGAGGUCACUUAUGAGCAAGCCAUAUAAAAAGAAAAUGAACCUGAACAUUAAAACAAAAAUAAGAUGUGAGAAAGAAUAAUGUCUGUUUGCAUGCUAAGAUGAGAAUAGAGUGAAUAAAAUGACAAUUAAAUACAAAAUAUGGCCUACUUGGCAAGUGCAAGGUUCUGAGUUUGAUUCCUGCUACCAAAAAACAAAACAAAAGAUGGAAAUGUUACAUCACAGAAUUCUUAUGCUGAAAAGGUGAUAGAAAACAAGGUCAAAAACCCCACCUUAUUUGUUAUUAUAUUUGUGUAAUUUGUUAUUUUUAGUAUUUGUCUGUACUUUUCUAUAUGUUACAAAUCUGUAGUUGUUUGAAACUUGCAAAAAAAAACCAAAGCUAUAUUCAUCUGGUUGUCCAGAAAAAUUGUAAAACUCAAUGGAUUAUUCUUAAUGCACAUAGGAUAAAAUUGAAAUUGUUAUUGAAAUCAAUUGAUUAAAUGGAUGGUUGAUAAAUUAUUUUAAAUAAUGUUUCUUUUAAAUUUUAUGUGAAGAAUUGCUGUUAAUUAUGUAUUAAUUAAUCAAUAUGAAAUUUAUCCUUUUUUGAGGAGAAAUUCGUAAAUUUAAAACAAAAUACACUACUUGUGCUUUGUGGGAACUGUUUAAGUUCAUCCUAUUCUAUUGUUCUUUUUCCUAUUAUAUGUUAUACACAUUUUUUUAUGAUCCAUAGUAUUGAUUAUUUAUCUCCACUUCCAGUCAUUCAAUGUAUCACUGCUGAAUUGGGUUAUAUAAUGGGUGUAUUUUCAUUGUAAAAAAAUAAAAUGACUUUUCAAAUUAU